GUGGUAUUGUGCAAACGCAAAUCGUCGUACGUGUCGGAGUGAGCUGCAAUUCAAAUUAUAUGAUAUUCGUGAAGGAGAGGGCACACAUGAUCACGACAUUUCACAGCUCUUUUCUCUCCUUCGUCCCUGGGAGUACCCCUCCAUAUGUUGCAAAGCGCACCCUCACGUACCCGCAUGAUGAAUUCAACAAAAUUAAAAUUUUGCAUGCUAGAAAAUCAUAGGUGGAGGAACUCAGAGGUCCCAUCUUGAAGUGAAUUCUUCAGGAUGGGCCUUUUCUCCUCAGGUGGCUCCUCGCCCUCCAGUACAGGAGGACAAACUUGUUCUGGAGGGCCGCAGGAGCAAACGUCAAGAUGUAGCCCGACUGGUGGAGGAGGUCAAGAAACAAAAUCCUUUUUUGCGGAUAAACCGGGCUGCACGAGCACUGCUGGCGAGGUCGGCAGGCCUUCUUUUUUGGCUAGGAUAGGUGCGCCCCCGACGCAAGAUGCUGAUGCACCAGGAAGAGAAAGCAAACCCAGCAGUGGAGAUAGCUUUGACGUUAGUUUCACCAGCGCGAGUUGCAGAACAUCGAGAGUUGCAGAGCCCCCGUCACCAAGGUGCAUUCCAGAAGCAGCUUCUGCAAGUUUCAUACGCGCACAUCCCUCAUUGCACGUCUUUGAUCAAAUUCAAAAGGUUGACCGCAUGAACAGGCUGCCAAGAAUACGGAUGACCAGUGCUGCGCCACUGCUUGGCAACUUCGACAUGGUUCCGAAGGAAGACGAAGAGGAGCAAGGUAGUAGACCGAGGGAACAAUAUGUUGCUGCAAACUUAAUGACGAAAACAACGCCAAGAGAACAAACAUUUCCGUCAUCUCCACCUUCACCGAGCAGUUCUUCUUCCAGCAAUUGCUUCUCGGGACAGCACAAAGAAAAUGAUCCUGCUAUGACCAUAAAACCGAAAAGAAAAACACCCCCAACAAGUCCAAGGCAGCACCAGUUUGUGAAUAUCAAGGGCAAGAAUUUGAAUUCGUUCCGGUGCAACAAACGACAUGACGGACCACACAGCACAGCAUCAGCGUCGUCGAGGAGCACCAAAUUUGGGCUUUUCGCCUCCACCAUAGCUGCAUUUAGCAACUUCGCUUCGGUCGGUGUUACAGCUUCCCUAUCCACCACCUCGUCCUCUCAGCAAACCGCUACGCAUCUAGCCGAGAAGCAGUACCAGCAGAAGAAGCGGCAGAAGAAACGGAAACUGGAGCAGGAACUGCAGGAUGAGUUUGCCUACCACAGCGACGGGGUCGUGUCUGUAGGGACAACAUCGGACUCCACGAAUUUAGACAGAAAUUACGACACAGACAACCCGCCAACGUUUGACAUCGUAACGAAAAGCAGCACAGAAGAGGAAGAGCGGGAAAAGCUCUUACCCGUGUUCUGGCAAGAAAAGUUGAAACAAAUCAAGGACGACGUGAAAUUAGACGGGUUGGAGGGCCGAGAAUUAGCAGAAGCACACGCGGAGCGGCAAUUGCAAGUGGCUGCGGUGUGGCAGGUAUGAAUAUUCGUGUAUGCCUCGAUUUCGCUAGAGGAAUUUGUUAUUUCGUGUCAUGCUCAUGCUUGAGAAACAGAAAUGCUUUGCUUUCUCUCCGUAGAAUCCUACAUGACAAUUAACAAGGGACAACAAAAACAUCAUAACACCAGAACGUCUGCACGGAAGACGCUUACCAGCAAUUCCGUAAAGAGCUUUGUCCCCCAACCUUCCCCGUCUCCGUUCUCGCGUACAACCCGUCCGGACCUGGUGUCACCGCGAAGUUGACAAUCAUCCUCCGACCCUCGAUCACGUUGAAGCAAGUCGCGAACUCCGUGGAACUCGUGGCCCUCACCUUCGCCCUCCCGGGCUUUGGCCUGCCCUCAAACCUGAAACCCCACCCGACGGACCCGAACAAGAGGCAAAUUGAGGUGACGGGCACGAACCAGCCGGCGGUGGGGGAGAACCCCACGACGGCGUACAACACGGACCAAAACGGGUUGUUUGAAACGCCGGCGUAUUUCGAUUUUGUGCAGUACAGUUUGCAAUUGAAAGUGAAAGACAAGUACGAAAUUCUGCACUCGGCGAACGCGAAUCUGGAGCUGUGUUGCUUCGUCCUGCCGGACCAGCUAUCGGAAAACCCGCUGGAUUUCACGUUGAUAGCCAGUCAGCUCUCCUACGUGCCCAACGAGCUCGGGACCGAGCCGACCAACAGUUACACCCUACCCGAAAACGGGACGCCGCAACCCAUCAAAGCCGUGCCGCAGAUCAUCCGGGUGAAUUACUUCACGCACGUAGAAGUCAGGUUCGAUCCCGCAUUGUCGAACGCGGAAUCGGUUGUGUCCAUUAAGGUACAGGUCAACAGCGAGUUGAGGAACGGAGCAAGGAUCGUGGCGUAUCUGCCCGAUUUAACCCGGAACAUCCAGUCGGAAAGCUGGCAAAACUUCCUGUCGUCGAGCUGUAUUUUUUUUUGUUUCGUGGUGGUGGUGCUUGUUAUCAUAAUCAUGGUAGUUUGUCAUUCAGGUUUUGCAAAAAAAAGGAGAUGAAAAGAAAUUUUGCGUCGUGCUCAGUGUGCAGCAUGCAUGUGCAACGAAAACAUUUCUACAGCCGCCACCAGCACUUCCGACAUGACGGGAAACGUCGGCUUCCAGACCGAGGGGAGUGACUGGGUGCUCUUCGAGUACUUCGCAAUGUACAACGACACCUCAAAAGCGCUGACCUUCUUCCUGCGCACGGACUCCGUGCUGCCGCCGUCGAAGAUGAUCACCUUUAAGACGAUCAAGGACGAUUUCAUUCUGCCGAACUCGUUGCCUUCGAAUUCAAACCGGCUUAAAGUAGCAGCAUUCAGUUACGACGGGGUAGACGAAGUGAUCCAGCCAACCCCGGUCUUCCAGAGUGACAGGGUAGAGAGAUGAUUUAGAUUUUUGAUAGUGGAUCUUCUUGUUUCUUGUUUUGCUGCUCUUUUUAGCAUGACAAAGAAGUUUGCUUCAACGUUGAAGCCAUGCAUCGUAUCAAACUUUUUCCCAAAAAAACUCGAAACCCAGAUCCAAGAGAUGCGCAUGUUCCUCCAGUCACGGCUACAGUACAGCUCGGCGAGACAGAAUGCAGAGAUGACGAAGACCUACGUAGAUGUGACGCUCACCUUCCAGACAAACACACCACUCUGGAAAGACAGCUUGGUAUAUUACAUGCUUGCUGUGAUUAUUCUGCAUUUAUUACGUACCAAAUCGUUCUUCGAUGCCUGAUUCUGCAUCGCGUUCGCAAAUUCCAUGCUGAGGAUCGAUGAGCAUUACAUCAACAAAAAGAUGAUAGAACUCACCUAACCUGCGAACAAAACAAAAUUAUCCAGAUUUACCUGCGUCUUCCGGGUUUCAGUGCGGAGAUUAUUGAAGUGCCGUUAGUAGGCAGCUACAUCCAGUACUUCCGCAACCAGGAGGCCGUGUUCGACCUGGCCAGGAACGAACUCACUGUGAAAGUCAUCCGGACGCUGUAUUCCCAAGCGCCAAAUCUGAUUUCCGUCACUUUCGUCGACCUCCAAAUCCCUCCGGCGAUGUACGAGAACGACCCGUCGUUGCUGAUUUGGAACCGCGACUGGGACGGGGUGGAGUCCCCGAAGCGAUCUAUCAUGGCCUCCACUGCGAUCAACAACGGACAAAAGGAGUUCACGCGGUCGGAAAUCCGGUUUUCGCCCAACGAGCCGGACGUGGUGAGUAACGUCACCUUCACGAUCCAGCCGUCGAUUGUCUUUUACCAGGGAGACGAGGUGUUGCUGUACCUGUACGGAUUCCGGUGUAGCAGUCGGGAAAUUGUUCUGACCGGGGCGGAUGCUUUUAGGUAAAAAUACUGUUCUACUUAAGGUGUAAGUCGUGGGGCGAAAUUUUUCUGUUGCGGACUUGGUACCUAUCUGCACAAGAAGAGGUUUGUCUUGUGAAACAACGCAUGACAUCACCAGAGAUGGUCCAUUUUUCUGCCCACUUUCGAUGAUCCAAACUUCUCAAAAAUAAAACAGGUUCUACGCCUACGGCUCGCAUUCCCGUGGCGACUGGACGCAAUCGACCUAUACUUUGACUCUCCGCGUGCGCGAGGGCCACAUCCUCCACCGAACCCAAGCAACGGUGUUCCGCAUCGAGAUAAACCAGGGCUUCCGGUUACCAGACAAACUGUCCGAGAACGACGGGAUCUUGAACAUAGAGGGCCGCGGCGCGUACAUCGCGAAGGAGAUGUUGAAAAAAACGCCCGCACUCGGUGGGAAAAAGUACAUCACGAACAGCGAGAUGGUGUUUGAAUCCGCCGCGGGGCCGCAGGGGACGCUGUCGAAUUCCAUCGCAAGGGUGAUGUUCAACUUCAAGGCGAACUCCGAUAUUCGGCCGAACUCGACCAUCAUCAUCACCAUGGGUGGGCUGACACGAGAUGUGGGAACGGGUAAUCUAGAAUCCGGGAUCAUCACUUUAUCCGGGAAAAACGCACCCAUGUUUGCGUACACCAACAUCACUUCCGGCGCGAUCACCUACAGUUCCGGGUACUGGGACUCGGUUUCGUCCGAGUUGCGGGCGCAGAUCAUCCCAAAUUUGGCGCCGGUGCCAGCGGGGGUCGAGACCAUCUUCUUCAUUGAGUACGAUCAGAGGUUCAAACUUCCCUUCGCGAUGUACUUGAACGACCCGUCUUUGAAGAUAGCCGUCCCCGCGGCGGGGAUUCCGCAGCAACUGUUCAAUUUCACGACUCGGGUAAACGACAUGGGGAAGCAGUUCACGGAGUCGCAGCUGUCCUACGGUGCCGUCGGGUCGGUGGCGCAUCCGAACUCACCCAUGGAUCUGACGAUAGAAUUCGCAACCAACGUCGCGUUGCCAAGUGGAACGACAAUACGGCUGACUUUGCCGGGUAAAGAAACGGAUGAUCCGUUUGUUGUUUUGUGGUUUCUUCGUGUAGUUUUUUGGUCUAUAGCGUAAGAAUGCGUUGUCGUCCCACCGCGCAUCAUGUUCUCCUUCACGCUCUCCUGCGCAAUUGUUAUCGCUACGCAUCAUACCAUCGUGCGUAAGGUUACACUGCAUGCUAUGCUGCAGCGCUUUCUGGCUGAUUGAGCGAAUCCAUUGUAGCAAAAGUUUGCACAUCACGACAACCAAUUUUUUUUUCUAGGUUUCAUCUGCGCGGUCGCCCAACCAAAACUCGAGCCACCUCCUGGUGAGUCGCUCCUGCACUAUUCCUAUUUCUCCCGGAGGACGGUGCAGGUCACAACUACCGCAGCCAACGGCGCCACGCAGGUUCUGGACGUGAUCGAGUACUUUGGGGAGUGGAACCAGGAAGCUUCCACCCUGGAUCUAACGCUCCGCGCCGGGGAGGAGAUCCCGCCGAACCAGGUGCACAAGAUGACGAUAAAGUCGAACCAGGCCAACGUCGUGUUCCGCCUGCCCAGCAGGCUAGACCCCAACGACCCGCGGUUGACGAUUCAAACCACGACGAAGCAGAUCAUCAAGUCCCAGCCGAUUCGCUCCUCUCCGCAGGUGGUCGACCGGUCGUUUGACAUUUCCACUUUCUCCUACGACCCCCGGAACGCUCGGUCCACGUUCAUGUUCAGCAUGAUGUUCAAGCCGACCGUGGAUAUCGGUCCGAACGACGACAUCGUCUUGCGGCUCUACGGCUUCACCAAUGCGUUGGGGAACACGAAGAUCCACAUGACGGGGCCGGACGCGGCCAUGAUCGAGGGCUACGAGGCGACCUGGAAUCCGACCACCCAGGAUUUGACGAUUUCCAUCGCGCAGGGCCAGGUGCUCCGGGGAAACCAGACGCUGUCCUUGACCAUUCAGGAAUCGCAGGGAUUUCAGCUGCCGGCAACGUUAGAACAGGACGACCCGGAGUUGAAGGUACAUAUUUGAUAUUUCUGCAUGGCACCACGCAUGACAACUCUAGUCUUCCAAGUUCUGGCUUUCGUUAAAGAGCAUGAGAAGUACACCACGACCAAAAUCAAAAACCAUUUUCACAGAUCAAGUCCGGUGUGAACAACAUCAAGCAAGCCAAAGUGAAAAACUCGCCAAUGGUCGGCGACGGUCCGCACUUGAACCAGAGGUUCUGUAUGUACCAAUACGAAACGGGUACGCGCACGAUCGAGCCCCGGAUGUCCAUGUGCACGAUCAACCAAAAUGUCGUCACCAACCCCUGCAGCACGCAGGAACUGCAGGAGGGCGGGUGCUUCGCGGAUUUGGCUCCGGAUGGUACGUCAAUGAGUUAGAUUCGUUUUAUCGUUUUUGUGCUUUGAAGAUUGAACUUACACGGGCUUACACACAUGAUGAAGAAAUGAAAUCUACGCCAGUUUGUGCAGAAGUUCUUUGGCAUCAAUAAUCCUGGCAAUUUUUUAGUAAACCAACUUUUCGAGGACAAAAAAGAAAAACUGCAAUCCCCCCUCCCACGCCCUCAGGUGCCCCGGUCCCCCUGAAAAUCCGGGGUUUCCAGCUCGAAGAGGCCGACCGCGUGGGUUUCGUGCCUUUGGAUGAGCAGUGCCCGCCCGUCCCGGACAACUUCCGGGUGUUCGCCAACCUGUACGGCACGGCGCCGGAUAGCAACGGGAAUGGGGCGACGGUGGUGUCAGCCCGGCGGCUACGACGGGAAGAAAGGAGGCGGGAGUUGGAAGAAUUGUUGAAGGAAAACCCGGCGGCCUUCUCGCCCGACGGGAAAGUCCCGGAAGCGGCGCUGGAGCACAGCAGCGAAUGGCUGGAGGCGGAGGUGAAGAAGCACGACCGGAUUAUGGAGCGCCUAGAAAUCCACGCGGCCAACGCGCGGCAAGACCGGGCGUUGCGGAGAAGACAGGAAUUCAUGCGGACGAUGAAGCGGGAGCUGAGACAAAGACUAGAGGAAAGAAGAACCGCGAAGAUGAACGAGGUCGGGUGGGCAAAGUGCGGAAGCAGCGAAAUGCUGUGCACAGCUGCAAGUAACGCAGCUGCGUUGCCCGGAGGUAGUGCCAGUAGCAAGGACAAAGAGCUAGACAAGAGGACGUCGAAGUCAUCUAAAUCCGGUAGAAAACUGCAGGAGGUCGACUACUGGGGCGGGAUCAGACAUUGGUCGGAUAUUGUCGAAAGCCGGGAGCUGGAUGAGAUGAUUUUUGCGGCGCAAAACGAGGUUUUGAACCCGGCAUUCAAAUUCGCUUCCUACCGGGAGUUCCAGACCCCAGGGGAACCGGUGCAGAGAAGAGAAUUGAUCGAAGAGCAAAUACUAGCAGGAUCAUCUUCACCCAGUACAUCUUCCAGCAAAAGUAGAGGCACAGCAUCUAAAAAGACUCAAGCCGAUAGGGAAAUCGACGAAAUCCUGGACCAACUCGACGCGGAAAUUCUUCGCAGAAUCCACUAUCCUGUGCAAAAGUAUCGUACUCGUACUAAUUAAUAUAUUUAUAUAUGGAAGAAAACGGGGCCGGAGAGGUUCCGGUAGAGGGUGGGGAGAGGUUCCAUAGAGGUAAAAUAGAGGUUGGGAGAGGUAAAGUAGAGGGUCGGGGAAAGAUAGAGGGUCGGGGAGAGGUAAAGCGAGAGGUAAAGGAGAGGGUAGGGAGAGGGUGGGUAGUAUGUCGGCCCUUAUAGCGGCGCUAUACGCCCGAAGAGGGUAGGUAGAGGGUGGACAGAGGUCAAAUAGAGGGUAGGGGGAGAGGGUCGGGAGGGUCCGAGAGGGUGCGUAGUAUAGGGCGACCCUCUAUGUGACCCUCUACCGCGACCCUCUCCGGGAACCUCUAUUUUAACUCUCCGCGGACCCUCUCGGGACCUCUCCGACCCUCUCCCGGACCCUCUCCGGGACCCUCUCCGAACCUCUCCCGGACCCUCUCCCGGACCCUCUCCCGGACCCUCUCCCGGACCCUCUCCCGGACCCUCUCGCGGACCCUCUCGCGGACCACCUCCAGGAGCACAGCCUGCCCACUUGUCUGCGCGCGGCGCCCCCUAAAGAAGCUCGCUAGGGCGCAGCGACCGGCCGGCAUUGUUUUAUUUCGCUUUCAGAUCAGAGCGGGCGUUCAAAGUGCGUGCGCCGCUCUGCGUCCCCCAGAGGGGGCGCGGCGCCACGCCUUAACCUGGUCGGCCACCUAGGGUGGCCGCAACUUCUUUCCCACAGCGACCGCGCGCGCUGGCAGCAGGUGCGUCGCCCUUGUGGCGUCUUGAACGUUGGCGCCCGGAAAUAGUUUCCUGUGCGCAUUUUCCCACGGCGCGCAGCUACUAAGGCCGGGCAUGGUGCCGAUCAUAGCCGAAACAUGGGCCGGGUUCUUUUUAUUUGGUUGUGUAGCGGCGCGCGGUCAUUGCUGGCGCCACCUUCCCCACCGGAACACCUCCACCGAACAGCCCCCUCCCCGGCGGCCUCCGCCGGGGGGUGGCUGGUUGCAAUUAUGCAUGACAAAUCUUAUUUCUUACCGAAAUCAGCAUUACAAAUUCCAUUUUUCCUUCUGAAAAAAUUUGUAUUGCGAUUUAUAGGAUACUAGUACGAUACUUUUGCAAUGCAUAUCCACGUAGAACAGGCGAACUUCGGGAAAGCGCGGACGCUAGCUGCGCUGGAAUCGGAACAGACAAAGUUGGAGUUUUCGGUCGAGACGGAGCGGGCCUUGGAAAACGCGGCGUUCGAAAUCGAAAACGCCUACUGGGCCGCGAAAGGAGAAGACGAGGGAAGGAAUCUGGAAGGUAUACUGCAACUAAGAGACUCACUUGUCGCGUGUUACUUUUGUGAUGGAAGCAUGUUGAAACAGGCGAAUAUUGUUACGUCUGCGAAGAAAAGCAUAAAUUACUUAAAAGAGAGGCUGAACCCAGUUUCCCCACCUCAAAUACAUGACUCUUCAUCAUCUUAUUUACACGACAAUUAUCUACAGGCAUCGACAUCGAUGUGGAUCCCGAAGAAGAUGUCCCCUCAUCCGCCGAGCCCCGCGUCCUUACGACCGCGACGGCGACGACCACGAUCGACGCGUUGACCCUGUACCUAUCCUGUGCAAAAGUAUCGUACUCGUAUAAAUGCAUAGCAUUUUCUCAGCAUGAGAAACAAAAUCUGUGAUGCUGAUUUACCUUGAGAAAAAGACUUGCAAUGCAUGAUUGCAAUACGAGUGCGAUACUUUUGCACAGGAUAGCGCCAGGCGUUUUACAACUACGACCCCUUCGCGGAGCUGCGGUUUUUCAGCAACUACACCUCCAGGGAGCUCUCGCAGGGUGCGGACGAGCUGACGUUUCACGGGGUCACUGGUUUAGAAGCCGGGUUUUUUCGGAUCUGCGUCUUGCAUCGCGAUAUCAUCUACGACGUCGGGAUGGUGAUCGUCCGGCCCAGCUGCCCACCCGGCAAGGUGGCGGUGGACGGGACUGUUUGCGUGACCCACUGUCCGCCGGAUACCAUCCCGGUCGCCGGGAGGUGCGAGAAUGAGGAGACUUACGGGUACAAGGAUAUACGAGUUUGAUGGUUUUUUCUUUCCAAACUACUACGACCGCUCUUCGUGCGCGUUCUCUAUAUUAUGACUACAUGUACAACAUUGAAUUCGAAAAUACGAACAAACCACAGCUAUUCCGACCCCGCUUUCUUCAUUGACGCAACCGCGUCGCAGCUGAAGCCUGGGCGAACGAGCCCGAUCUUCAUCGAGCCGGGCACCAACCUUUCCACCACCCAGUCCACGGUCGCAACGAGCGAAGCCGAGGCCUUGGCGCAGAACGUGGUGCAGCUCGUGUCCACCGACGCGUCCGCUUCGUCCACCUCAUCCUCCGGUGCCAUGGACGCGUCGAGCGCCGCGGCGACGAGCCCAGACGUGGACCCCAACAUGCAGCUGCACAUGGUCGGCCACCGCGUGAACCCGUAUUUGAACGGAACAACCUACACGCUGACCACGACGAAGGGCGGGGUGGAAGACAUCUACAGCCGAACGCUGAUGGUCCCGAUCAAGAUGUCCAGUCCCGAGGCGGUAAAUAACAUGAUCUGGAACCGCUCGGACGAGCACCCGGAGCGGAAAUACUACGUCUACCGCUUCACGUACGAGCUGGGACAGCUGCUGGGCGUGAGUUCCGAAACCUUUGUCGUCGCGUCCAUUUCCGAGGCCCGAACGGGCACGGGCGCCGCAGCGACGACCGAGGGGGUGAUCGUGAACACGAUCUUCCGGCCGAGCAGCGACGGCAGCACGCGGUCGGCGGACGAGCUGCUGCAACUGCUGGACGGGCUGAAGGUGGACAUCCAGUCCGCGUUGCACGAAGAGGACGGGUUUUUCAAGAACAUAUUCCGUGACUUCCCGUUACGGAGCAUAUUCGUGUCGCUGUGUCCGGACAACAUAUAUCGGUCGAUCUGUCCUUACAUGGACAGCAUCAUGGACCCAGACAUCGGGUUCAUCAUCUACACGGCGUCCGUUUUCGGGAUAGCGCUGAUGCUCGCGCUGUUUCUCUUCGGCGCGUGGCGGUGCGACCACGACCCCUCCGACUCCAAAAAGGACGACAAAAAGUUCUUCGAAAAGGCCAGCAAGGGCGACCCGAAACUGCUGGACCCGGGGCUGCAAAACGAGUACGCUCGAAGCUGGCUCGAAGACCGGUACAUGGGAGAUGAGGUGUGAGGAGUGGUGGAAGAGGGCGAGUAGCAGAGGAGAGGAACAACCAGGAAUAUCAACAUCUGCUACCGCUUUUUUAUCUUCCUGUGAUUCUGUUUUUCCUUGUUACUGUUAGACGGUAAGGAGAGCAGCCUGAACUUGUUCGCCUCCAGAAAUGGUAAAUUAGAAUUUCUCCCUCAUGUAACAAGAACAACAAACCAAAGCUAGUGUUGUAGUACAAGACCCUUCAGUUUUUUCCUCGAAUUACAUAUAGAUUGCAACCUCUUUUAAUAAGACCUUAUUUAUCUGUAGCGUUCAAAGACCCGAGAAGAGAUCAGCGAAUCGUGGAGCAGCAACCGCCAGGAAGGGCUGCUGCCUCCGUGGUAUUCGACUGAGAAAGUAAAGUCUUCUUGAUUUUGAUUUUCUAAAAUGUCACGCCAAAAUUCGUUCUUGAAUAUAGCAAACUCAGAGCUCUUUUCAGAACUUUCAGUUGUGUCGAAGUACCUCAACGUCGCGGCUAUGCGCUGCCGGCGAACCUAAGAACAAUCGUUUUCUUCACGCUCCUUGAAAUUUACUUCUCGUUCUACUUCCCAUAUUGUCUUGUUAUUUUGUAAUUCGAUGAUAGCUAGAGGUGCAGCUUUUCGCUCGCACUUCUAAAAGAGGCUUUUGCCAAAUUGCGUUUGCAAAGUGUACCAAGACGGUGCUUCAUCAAAGGGUAUCCAAAUAUGAUGAACGAAGACGAACAGGAACAAGUCAAAGCUAAUUCACGAAGAUAAAGCAACAGCCAGGUGGCGGUGAUUGCCAGACAGAAACAGCACAUGAUUUUUGAUAGAGUUGUUGUGCAAAAGAU